AUGGUGCAGUAUGAAGUGACCGUAUUCACUGGUGAUCGCCUUAAUUCCACUACUCUCAACAAUGUAUCAAAGUUUAAGGUGUCCUGCCCCACUUCGCUUGGAAAUCUUCUACUGAUAGAGUUAGACAAACAGUCUCUCCCACUGUUCCCGGAGGACGCUUGGUUUUGUGCCAAGGUGGAAGUGAAAUCCCCUGAAGGAGACAUCUACAGCUUUCCCAUCUACCGCUGGAUUGCUGAUAGCAAGGUGCACCGCUUCAGGGAUGGAAAAGCUCUGAGAGUCUUUGAAGACAACCAUCAUCUUGGCAGGUACAGUCGGCAGCAAGAGAUUCAGCAGCGAGAGGAAGACUAUCGCACCAUGAAAGGGAACAUAUUCCUGUGUGACUACAAGCAUCUGGAAGGGGUGAAAACAAACACCAUCAAUGGGAAGAAGCAGUACUUGAUGGCUCCUCUCGUCCUGCUCCACAAAGCUCCUGAUGAUAAGCUAAUGCCGAUUGCUAUUCAGCUGAAGCAGACUCCAUCAGAUGACAAUCCGAUCUUUCUUCCUACUGAUUCUGAGUACGACUGGUUGAUCGCCAAGACUUUUGUGAGAAGUGCAGAUUUCAAUGAGCAUCAGCUCAAUGCUCACCUGCUGCGCACACAUUUGCUGGCCGAGGUUUUUGCAGUGUCACUGCUGCGCAACGUGCCCAUGGUGCAUCCUCUGUACAAGCUCCUCAAACCACACACACGCUACACUCUGCAGAUCAACUUCUUAGCUCGACGCCUUCUCAUUUCUGACACUGGCGCUUUCACUCAGUUUGCAGGGUCAGGUGGAGAGGGCAUGUUUACGAUCCUGCAGAGGUCAGUGUGCUCAUUAACCUACAGCUCCCUCUGUAUGCCAGAUGACAUUGCUGAACGUGGCCUAGAGGAUGUGCCAAACUUCUUCUACAGGGAUGAUGGCCUAAAGGUUUGGGAUAUCAUCCACAGGUUUGUGCAGGGAAUGCUCGGCUACUACUACAAGAGUGACCGUGAGGUCCAGGAGGACUCUGAACUUCAGAAGUGGAUUUUGGACAUUUUUGAACACGGGUUCCUUUCUCAAGCAGAAACAGGAAUUCCUCAGAGAUUUACCUGUGUGACUGCGUUGGCCAAAUUUGUCACCAUGGUGAUCUUCACCUGCUCAGCCCAGCAUGCAGCUGUGAACAGUGGACAGUAUGACUAUGGUGGCUGGAUGCCCAACACUCCCAUCUCCCUGCAACUCCCACCACCAACCACAAAAGGGACGACAAGCGAGGCCACGAUGUUGGCCACCUUCCCUGAUGUCAAUGUAACAGCUCAGGGCAUGGCCACCAUGUGGCUGCUCAGCAAGCAGUCCAGUGACUUUGUUCCCCUUGGCCAGUACCCAGAGGACCACUUCACUGAGGAGAUUCCCCGCAAGAUAUUAAAGGAUUUUCAGAUGGAGCUGGAAGAUUUGAGUUUAGUCAUUAAAGCCAGAAACAAGCGUUUAGAAGUGCCAUACACCUACAUGGAUCCAGCAGAGGUAGAAAACAGCGUGGCCAUUUGAAUAUUAGAAGACUCAGCUGUGAGAUAAAAUUCAGUUCCCUCUUCAAA